AUGAAUUGUCAUUCCAAUUACCAAUCAGAGACCCUUUAAAUUUUGGCAAUUGAAGGCAAUUGAAGGCUUGUCAUGUUUCAUUGUUGUCGUAAACCAUAACUACAAUGGAAGGAAGAAGUGGAGCGGUGUUGGUUGAUCUGCAUGACAAUGAAGAGAUCAAAAUUAUUGGGGAAGUGAAGAUAGCCCUUUCACAUGAUGUCACAAAGUCUCAAGACUCCGAUGAAGAUGUGCAAUUUAUUGUUCGUCCUGGCAAUGGAGGACAUGUCUUAUUACCUGUUACCAGGCCUUGUUUAUUGGACGACGCUGAGGUUGAACAAGAAACCAGUCUUAAUCAUGGUUGCACUAUCCUUGUAGCAGACAGAUAUUACAGGUAUGUCAUGAAAGAAAGGCCAAGACGGAAGCUUCCUCCUACGCCUGGCGUCUUUGUCGCUCCGAUGCCGCCAAUGAAACCAAAAAGGAAAACUGGAGACGAGGGUGAUGGUGCUACCAGUCCUGAAGAGGUACCAUUCCCUCCAGCUGAUUGGUGUGUGAUCACUCGAGCUACUCUCGAUGACGAACUUCUCAGACAGCUGCAAACAUCAGAACAGGUGGCCAACCUUGCCGGGUCCUACGUGAGUAGACAGGUCAUGUUGAACACCGACACCAUGCUUUCAACACAAGACAUGGACAGACUCUUCAAGUGCUUUCAGGAAGAGGCUGUACACAAUGCACGUCUGCUCUUUGACUUUAUCCUUGACUACCACCAGAAACAAAAAACACUCGCCGAUUCAAAUAUGCCGAAUCAUCCUCCGGUUAUAUGGCUGCUGACCGAACUUCUCAAAACAUCCUUGGAUCCAGUCGAGUAUAACAUCUGCUGGUUGAGGUUACUCAACACCUUCAGUCACUUCACCCAGAAUCUUGACACGUUCACCAAAUACAUGACCGGUGCCGUUGUUAUCGGGACAAUGGCGGCUCACACCAAAGAGAAGCUGGUCCAAGAAUAUGGCUGCUACAUCUUAUCACAACUUGCAACUUACAGACCAAUGCCUGGUCAAAAGGUACUACUGAAGGAGAGUGGAGUCGAACUUAUAAUCCGUGCCAUGAAGACGUUUCCCGCUGAAGCGACCAUAUUGAGACCGGCGUGUCGAGCUCUUUCAAACGCCACUGUCAUGGUCUCGUCGAUUGUCAACCAAAUGAUAUCAGCUGGUGAGGUCAAUCCGACCAUCAAAGACUCCAUUGAGUUCAAUAUGAACCUGCUAGACUUCAUCCAGAGCACCUGUGAGGAGGUUGUCAAGGCAACCAUGGAGGCACACCCUGAUGACCUUGGGAUACAAACAGAGGGCAAGAGGCUAUUGGUCUACUUCGAUCCUGCAUUCGACAAGGGAAUUCACUUUUUAAAAAGAAAAUGGCGUGGGGAGGAGUGCGAUUUGGAGACAAUUGGGGAAAAAGUCAUGCAACAGGAUUCGGAACCAAACGAUACAAUUUCAGUCAAGAAUUCAGAAUUACAAAACAAUGAUGCUCAAACACUUGUGAAGGAUGCGGUAAAACAGGACGGUCUUGAAGACUUGUCUCUUCAGAAGAACAUUGGUGAAGACAAAACUAUAAAAACUUCAGGUGAAGCAGUUGGUCUAAAGCCGCAGGGUGUGGUUGACCUUGGUGCUAGUCCUGAUGACUUGAACAUGCCAAAAGAUGAAACUAUUUGUGUCGAAAAUCCAGACGUAAAAAUGGGGGCGAAUGUUGGCAGGAUGAGUGAUGAACCUGAUGGUGCUUUGAAGGUUGGUGCUAAAAAUGAUGUUGAAGGAAAAAGUGUUGAGAUUAUGGAUGCUGAGGAUAUUGGUGCAGUCAAAGUGACGAACGUUCUUGAUACUAACGUACUGGAGGGAACUGCUGAUGGUGCAAAUACAGGGAAUUCCGGUGCUGAUCAUGUGCAAGGAGAUGAUUUGAAAGAGUUAGCAGACGUGAAAACGGAAGCAGACGACAAGGCGGCAGCCAGUAGUGGUGCAGGAAAGGAUGACGGAGAAAAGGGACAGGUUGUAAUUGACGAGGUUGAUAUCGAAAUUGAGCCUGAUGAUGAAGAAGACGACACAUUUGAUGAAGAAAAUGGUCCAGGGACUUUUACAAUUUGUUUCGGCCGUCGCCAGUGGGGGAGUAUCCAUCCACCUGAUGUUGACACCCUCGCCGCUGAGCGGAGUCCGUCUAUGGUCGCUGAAGCUUUGCAAGUUGAUGUGAAACAUUUGGAGCAAGUGUACGAGGUGUCCAGUGACCUUGAUGAAGUCGAUUAUCGCAGACAGUGGGGCAGCGUGCACUACCCUAAUGUGGAUAAGCUACUCGCACAGCGGUCUCCAUCAAUAGUGUCGGACACCUUAGCGUCAGAUUCGUCUUUAGAAUUGCCGAGCCCUCAGUCGUUGAAGUUUGAUAGCGAUGUGGAAGUGCUGUCAGCUAAAACGUUUGGUAAUGAACUGAACGUGCCAGGUCUUGAGCAACACGGCGUUGAUCAUGGAUUGUAUGAUAUCGUAGAGGAGGAGGUCGUGGGAAUAAAAAAGACGGAAGAUGAAGUCAGCGAUGGACAUGAGUACGUCUGCCAGGUGUUGGGCUGUAGAACACAGCUUCUUCAGUAUAUCUUCUCCCACUGGAAGAAAUCCAAGUACCUGACAGCAGUGACCUCUAUGGGUGACCCUAUCAAUCAACUCGUGCCAAAGCUCAAGCUUCCAUCAACUCUGGCGGACUUCUUGUCGCAAGAGCCGAAUGACACGGUCAUUGCAAUGUUGGUCAGUAUCGUGGAGCAGAUCUCUAAAAGUUCCUUCAACCGAAGACCAAAACUGAAGCAGAAACUGUUGAUUGUUGUGGAGAAACUGCUUCAACAGGAACUGACACCAGACCAGCUGAUUGUGAUAUGCCGGGGAGCAAGUACAGUUGUCUCACUAGGAAAGACAGAUGUAUCUACUCUAAAGCGUCUCUACACCAUUGCCAAAGGACUCCUCAGGACUGGCGUCGAACCCUCUGCACAAAGUGCUGUCCAGGAACUUGUACGGUCAACCCAAGACUUCUCAACAUAGAGAUAAGUGCAUCUGGAUUACCGUACUACUAAAUGCAUGAUCCACUGUCAUGAUUUGUCCAUCCUGCUCAAUUGGGAGACUUCUUCAGCGAGGGUUUUACACAUUCCCAUACUCAAGGGGAGACAGUCCUGAAUUAUAGUCAGAACUCAGUACACGUAUCUGGCGAAUCAUAGCGCUCAGUCCUUUGUAGCAACGUUCGUCUUUCGUCUGCUGUUGUCGUUGUUUGUUGUUGAAGUAAACCAAUGUCUGAUGAUAUUGACUCAUCGUCGCUUUCUUUAGUGUCAAGUUCUUUCACCGAGUUGUUGUGUCGGUCUGAUGCAUACUCGUAUCGCCGUGCAACUACGGUGAAGAUUAUGAGGCCUACGAUGAUAAGUCCAGCGAGAAGAUAGAAAAAGUAAUCUAGGUAGCCAUCAUUGAUUUCAUCUGGAUACCAUGGAUCUGGAAAAAUGUAGGAUUUGUUUGUUAAUUCUGAAUAAAAGCUGAUUGUAAGAAUGGCA